ACCACCUGGAUGGCAGCAGAGAAAAGGGUUUCUGGAUCUCUUUGUUGCCAUCAAAUGCUCACCUGUAUUUUUGGCUCCCACUUGGGAUAGCCCUAUACUUCAUGGGGAUUGCAGUGGAAAUUCUGAGACUUUUCAAAACUCUCUUCAGGCUAUAUGCUGUAUUAAUUAUCAGCUUCUCGGCAAUGAAUAUGAACGGAUGUUAUCCUAUUGUCGCAUCUAUGAGGAAUAAUCCCCUUUAUAUGAAUUGCCAGCUGCCUGGGAAAUCUGAUUGCCUCCUGCUGCUGCUGCUGAAUGGCUACCUAGCCAAGAUGGAUGGGUCUGAAGAACUAGCAUUGUUCAAGUCCUUUCUGGAGAAGUCUGAUAUUAAAAGAUCCUUUCGAAAUGGGGUCGGAUCAGGAAUUAAAAAAACAUCCUUUCGUAGAGCCAAGUCAUAAACAAGUGCCUAAAGAAAUACUCACAAAGCAGAGUCUAUAAAGUUAAACUGGAUGUGCUUAAAAUUGUUUGUAGUGCAUGAAUGAAUCCAAUAAAACAAAUGUAUCAGUUUGUUCAUAAUGAAA